GUGGAGAGACCCUGGCUGAUGACGCGUCCAUUCCUUCAUGGAGCAGUGGAGAGACCCUGGCUGAUGACGCGUUCAUUCCUUCAUGGAGCAGUGGAGAGACCCUGGCUGAUGACGCGUUCAUUUCUUCAUGGAGCAGUGGAGAGACCCUGGCUGAUGCUUGGGCGCGGUCUGAUCUGAGACUCCCCCCCCCCCCACUUCCUCCUAGCCCCGCCCCCCACUCCCCGCCUGUCUAUAAACUCCGAGUGGAGAGACCUUGGAGAGUGACAGAGGCGGAGGAGGUCGAGAAAUAGUGUGCGCUGUGCGAGUCACGCUCCACGAUGGGUUAUCGAUUUCACUUCGUCGAGCCGCUGGUCAUCCUCUACCUGUUCGGCCAGAGCCUGUCGGGCCCUCCGAGCAGCGUCUACAUCUACAACCGCAUCCUGCACGAGAUCGGGAACGGCUCGCGUAGCGCCGGCGGGUCCGCCAAUGGUUCGCACGAGAGCUGUGGAGGGUCCAACGCCUCCGAUGACAGCUCCAAGGCGGAGGAGGAGGCGCAGGAGCAGACAUCCCAGUUCUACCUCUACCUCUCCCUGUCGGGCUUCGUGCCCAUCAUGGCGGCCGGGCUGGCGCUGGGCGCGCUCAGCGACAACCACGGACGCCGUGUGGCGCUGAUGCUGCCCCUCGUGGGCGACAUCCUUUCCACCGUCAUCUUCAUCCUGAUCGUGCACUUCGAGCUGCCCCUCUGGGUCCUCUACAUCUCCAACGUGCUCACCAGCUUCCUGGGGGGCACCACCACGCUGCUGGGCAUCAGCUUCGCCUAUGUGGCCGACACGACCACCAAGGUGACUCGCUUGCCUCGCCGUCUCCUCGGACGCAACCCCCAAUAUGAAUCCAAAUUCUCAGAAGUGUGA